CGUUCAACCGAUCACCACAAGAUGGCCUCGACAUUGCUGUACCUAAGCCGGAAUUUGCCAACGCUAUCGCUGAUGCCGGCAAGCCUGUUCUUGUAUUUCAGUAGCGUUCCCACUGCUGCGUGCUUUCUCAAGCAAGUAUCAACUACAAGUAUACGCCUCACCAAAGACGAGUUCUAAGACGAGAUCCGAAAAUAAUCUUAGCGAUACGCAUG